GCGGGCAGCGCCGCCAUGGCCGCCGUGGCUUGUUCGUCCCGCGUGGUGGCGGGAGGCGACGAGGGCAGCGACAGCGACGACUGGGACAUCGGCGUCGUGCGGCAGGAGUCGCAGCAGUUGGAUCAAAUGUUGCAGGCAGACAAGAAUGAGGCAUUAAAGAAGGCUCUGUUUCGUGGUGAUGUGUCAUUAAUUGAAGAACUCUUAAACGCAGGUAUCAGCAUAGAAACUAGCUUUCAGUUUGGAUGGACUCCCCUGAUGUGUGCAGCCAGUGUGGCUAACUUUGCAGUAGUGCGUCUUCUUCUGGACAGAGGUGCUAAUGCAUGUUUUGAAAUAGAUAAAUACACUGUGUUGAUGGCAGCAUGUACUGCACAAGCUUCAGAGGAGAACAUCUUGAACACUGUUGAACUGCUUCUAUCAAGGAAUGCUGACCCUAACCUUACUUGCAGGAAGCAAAUGACUGCACUGAUGUAUGCAGCUAGAAAAGGCUAUACUCGGGUUGUUGCUUUUCUUGUUGCUCAUGGAUCACACAUAAAUGCCCAAGAUGAAAAUGGAUAUACAGCAUUAAUGUGGGCAGCACAGCACGGACAUAAAAGUGUGAUUUUGAAGUUGCUUGAGCUAGGAGCUGACAAAAACCUACAGACCAAGGAUGAAAAAACAGCAGCAGAGCUAGCAAAGAUCAAUAAACAUUUAGAGAUAUUUAGUUUGCUGUCUUUGGCUGCAAAUCACUUGCAAAGGAGAUACGAUAAAACAGUUGAGCAAGAGGCUAUCUGCAAGUUUCUGACAGCUGUCUCUGACCACAAUGUUGGUUCCUAUUCAACUUACCAUGACAUGGAAGUGUUUUUACAUGGUCUUGGCCUAGAACACAUUAAAGGAUUAUUUGAGGAACAAGAUAUAGCUUUAAGACAACUUCUGACCAUGCAAAAAGAUGACUUAAUACAGAUUGGCAUUACAAAUCCUGGAGAUCAACAGAAACUCCUAGAUGCCAUUAAUGAUCUGCAAGAGGAAGAAAAAAAAUUUGAAGACGUCUCUGAAAUUAUGAAGCUGGAAUUGAGUGAAGAUGAACUGCUCAAGUUUCUCCAGAAGUUGAAUAACGAGUGUAGUAAGCUGAUCAUUCCUGUGCAGACCAUGAAUAACCAUUUCCUCAAAAAUUCUCACAAGAUGGUACUGCAGUGGGCACCAACUGAGUGUUAUACUGAAGUCUGCAAAGAUGUGAUUUGCAAUGUAAAAAAGUUGGGAGAAGAAGUUGGCAAGCUGAAGGACCUCGUGGUGAAGUAUGAAGCAAAGAAUAAACCUAACCAUGUGAAACUUCCAAAAAAAGCAGCCAGCUUGGAAAAAAGAUUAGUAAAAAUGGGAGUGGUAACAUUGUUUGGAUUUGGCUUUUUCUUAUUUGUAAUUAAGUUAGUGGCAAAGAGAGCCCAAAUGUAAGUUUAGAGCUGUUUCUCAUCACAUCUGUAGUAUUUCUAUGCACUUUGAUUUAAAAACAAAGUUAUUAAAAAUUAAAACUGUUA